AUGGCUUCAGGAAAAGCCCGCGCAGAAGACAGCGAUCACGAAGUGGAAGACGAAGGGGAGCAGUUUAUCACGGAAGAUGACAUCUUGGCGGAGGUUCAAGACGACGGCGACGCGCCCAUGGAUGAAGAUGACGAGGAGGGAGAACAGGAGGACACCCUGGGAGAUUUGGCCGAAGGGUCUUCGAGUCACGUCGAAGACAACUCCCUUCAACAUUUCGCGACCCAUGCCUCUUCUGUCUUCGCCGUUGCUUGCCACCCGACACAACCUCUUGCUGUUUCUGGGGGAGAAGACGAUCUAGGAUACAUUUGGGACAUCACAGACGGCGAGGUCAUCGUGAAAUUAACGGGCCAUACCGAUAGCGUGACGAGUGCGACAUGGAGUACAGAUGGAGAGUUUGUCGCGACGGGGGGCAUGGACGGCAAAGUGCGCGUAUGGAGAAGAGUUGGAAAGGCAGACUAUAGAACUUGGGAAUUUUUGACAGAGUUGCAAGGACCAGAUGAAGUCAUGUUUUUGCGAUGGCACCCCAAGGGCGCCGUUCUGUUAGCAGGUGGAAAUGAUUCUACUCUUUGGCUCUGGCAACUACCAUCAGGAAGCACAAUGCAAGUGUUCGCCGGACAUUCUGGUCCAGUAAACUGUGGCUCUUUCACCCCAGAUGGCAAGAGAAUCAUCUCAGCGGACCAAGACGGAAACCUAAUAUUCUGGAACCCGCGCUCUUCCACACCACUUUUCAAGCUCGGGCCCGACGACGCGCGAUUCAACCUCGACGGAAUCACCUCCAUCGGAGUGAACCCCUCAUCCACUCUCGCGCUUGUCGGUGGUGCGGCCGGUGGUGUCCGUGUAGUGAGUUUGAGCAAAGGUGACGUUACCGGCACACUUGGAGGCCAUAAGGAGGGCGAGAGCAUUGAGGCGAUCGAGUUCGUCGAGCUAACAGGAAACGCGAGCACCGGCCCGGGUGUAGUCGCCACGGGCGCUACGGACGGGAAAGUGUGUAUCUGGGAUCUUAGCACGAUGCGUCUUCGUGCGACGCUAGAACAUGAGGACGCGAUUACUACGCUACUCGCCCAUCCUACACCGAAAGCAUAUCUCCUUGUCUCGGCAUCUGCUGAUAAGACACUGAAAACCUGGGACGCUCGUAACGGUACUCUGCUGCGUACACAUACUAGCCACAGAGGCCCUGUCCUGGGCGCAUCUUUGGGCCUUGAUGGGUCUGUUGUUGUCAGUGCAGGGGACGAUGGAAUGUGCAUGGUCCACACAACGGAGGCAGAAGAGCAAUAA